AGAAGAGGAGGAAAAGAAAUCGGAUUGCCGAAAGGAUUAGGAAGCGGAGUGGGGAGGCGAAGCUCUCUCCUCCCGUCCCUCCCCGCACACACUUGUGAAGCUAUUCAGAGUUAUCCUUCAGCAUCAGUGGCGAGCGAGCCCGGGGGAGCCGCGACCGCGAAAGGUGCUCGGCAAACUGCAAGAGCGAUCAGAGGGAGCGGAGCGGCCCGGGACGCCCGACCCGGCCCCUGUCCCUGCCCGCGAAGCACCGCACUUCCCGGCUCCGGUGUUUUAUAUAUUACUCUUUUUUUAAGAUUUCCCUGCUCCUCUCGCUUUCUCGGAGAAGGACAGGAUUUGGAGCAUUGCGGGCGGGCGUGCUGCCGGACCGCCUGCCCUGAACGUGCGGGGAAAGAGGGAGGGAGAGAUGCCUCUGAUUAGAGGGAAAGUCGUGCUCAUCCUCAGCUUCGUCUUCUUGACAACUUUCGCGGCUGUGGUGAGAGGACUACCCGUGAGGAAACAACGCAGCAACAGUCCGAAGGAGAGAAGCUCCAAGCUGGCGGAGGUCUCUGCCUCAUCCAGUCCUCGUUCGGCAGGGGAUGAGGAGCUGCCACCAUCGGGCAAGGCGCAGGGGCUCAGGCGGAGUGGGCAGGCUGGCCCGCGGCGGCACAGGCGUCGGGGGGUGGCUCAGCAAGCUGCCAGGAGCCCAGCAGUGCCCCAGCCCAGCAGUGCUGGCCAGGAGGAGAGCCUGCCCUUCAUGCUGGACCUGCAGAGCUUGCCAGGGCUGGCCAAUGUGGACCUGAGUGCCCAGAACCCCAACAUUCAGGUGACCAUUGAAGUGGUGGAUGAUCCUCAGGCCGAGAUGGAGAUGGACUUGUUGAAGGAGACAAGAAAUGACUGGUCUCUGACAUCCUCUGAGUGGUUGUCCCACAAGGACCUGUUCUGGCCCCUCUUCUGGGAAUACACUGACCUUGCCGAGGGGGAAGAGGAGGAGGAGGAAGAAGAAGAGGAGGAGGAAGAGGAGGAAGAGGACGACAACCUGGAUGUAGGGGACAGGGAGGAAGAAGAAGAGGAUGAUGAUGAGGAGGAAGAUUACACAGCAGAGUAUGAGGAGGAGGAGUCCAUGCUCAGUGGAGUGGGAGGAAACUGGGACCAGCGAUGGCCUGGGCAGAAGAACUGGAUCUUUAAGGAAAAAUAUAAUUACGACUAUGAAGAUGAGGAGGAGUGGAGCCUGUGGUCCCCUUGCAGCACUACCUGUGGCAGUGGGAACCAGAAGAGGACCCGGUCCUGUGGUUAUGCCUGCACAGCAACGGAGUCGAGGACCUGCGACCUGCCACACUGCCCUGGUGCAGAAGGGGAAAUGGUCUUUCCCACAGAAGAGACACCUUUCAAAAGUGACAACACCACAGAGCUGUUCAACUCAGAGGUGGACAGCUGUGAGAAGUGGCUGAACUGCAAGAGCGACUUCCUCACCAAGUACCUGAGCAAGGUGCUGACGGACCUGCCCAGCUGCCCCUGCUCCUACCCAUUGGAAGCCGUCUACAGUGCCGUCAACCUGCGGGACGAGCAGCAGGGCAAGAGCUUCCGAUGGCGGGAUGCCAGUGGCCCCAAGGAGCGCCUGGACAUUUACAAGCCGACAGCACGCUUCUGCCUGCGCUCCAUGCUCUCCCUGGACAGCACCACCCUGGCUGCCCAGCACUGCUGCUAUGACGAGCACACCCGCCUCAUCACGCGCGGCAAGGGGGCUGGCGUCCCCAACCUCAUCAGCACCGAGUUCUCCCCGGAGCUGCACUACAAAGUGGACAUGCUGCCCUGGAUCCUUUGCAAGGGCGACUGGAGCCGGUAUCACGCUGUCCGGCCCCCCAACAAUGGUCAACAGUGUGCGGACAACCCCACCGAGGAGGAGUACCUCUCCCAGCUGCAGGAGGCCAAGGAGUACUAGCCACAGCCGCUCUCAAAGGAGCCACAACCACCACUGGCUUGCACCCCUGCGCAGCCUGGCGAGCCCUGGCCCUGCUCAUGGGCUCCUCAGUGGUGCCAAGCAGAGCGGGGAGGAUGCGCCAUCUGUCUCCUCCCCUCAGAGGGGUGCCUCAGCCCCCCUUGGAUUUCUGAGGGUGCCGGAGGUUAUUGUGGUGCAAUCCCUGCCGUGCCACCCAGGGCAGUCCUGUAAUCCAGGGCUCCUGGGCUGGCACAUGGGGAGCAGCAAGGGCUCAGAAGUGUAAAGGGAAGAAGGGGCUGCUCCUGCCCGCUUUUAUUCUCUACGACCUUUCAAUGCAACCUGAAAGCUGAGGGCAGGGUGAAGCAGGCACAGCUCCUACUGGCUUCAUGCCUUGUCUGAGGAGCUGCUGAGGCACAGCUGAGCAGGAUUUGCAUGCUCCUCUGGUUUGUGCAUGCACAGUUGGGAAGGAGCAGGGAAAGGCUUAGCAGGGUCCAUAGGCCCAGGGUGGGUUGUGGGGCAGGAGGAGACUGGCUGCCUGGGCUCUCUUGGCAAGAUUGCCUUGCCGCCGGGGUUUUGGUUGCCAAAGCUAGACAUGGGUGGGCCUCAGAGGAGAUCAUCACAGGGGACACACACCACCUGUGUGCAUUUCAGCCCCUCUGCCUUGGUGCUUGGGGGAGCAGGGUGGUAGCACCUGUGCAAGUCCCAGCACUAGCCCACUGCCAGGCCUUGGUGCCCUGGCAGCCCCCAGAGGGUCUCAGUGCUCAGGAGCACCCAUAACACAGCCCAGAAGGAAGUCCUGUGUUUCUCACUCACAGGCCUGCCAGAGGCAGGAGGCACCUUGGCCACUGCACAUGCCAUUGCUGGCAAGGAGCAAAAAGCACCAAGCCAAGCUCUCCAUGGGGAUAGGAACAAGUCAGCUGCCACUGGGAGCAUCCAGCAUUGCCCUCUCUGGUCUGCUGCUGGACACGGGCCCUGCUCCAUGCUGUCUCUUCCCAGGUGCCCAACAGGAUACAGCCUAGGGAAAGCGAGGUGUGAGCACACCCUGCGCCUCUCAGGCUCACUGCCGGGCCAGGCGAGCAAGUGUGGCUCCAAAGAAGGAACACACACAUGCUAAUAAUACCUAGUCUCCACAGAUCAUGGAUCAUGAUGCUCUCUGGUGCACUUUGGUCUUGCCUGGGUUUUAUUCAGCUUUUCACAGGUCUGUGGCAGUGUGUCCCAGCAUAUUUUGUGAGCUUUUCUGCAAAGAAAGUGGGCUGAGCACCUUUAUCCCUGGACAUUCAGUUGUUGAACCUGGCAGAAACUUUGCAGCUUUCAUUUUGAAAAUUUUAUGCAUCAGAGGAAAUAAAAGAGCAAGUCAAGCACACAUAAAGAAGAAUGGAGUAAUUUCUAGACUAGAAGUUUCAUCUGAGGCUGUUUGCUACUCCAUGUAUUUCUACGGGACACUGUUGGACCAAAAAAAUAUGUCUGCUUGCAGAGGUCCUUGGCUGACCAUCCUGUGCUGUGUCUGUCCUUCUUGCAGUUUUCUCCAGCAUCAGUGAAUAUCCAUGGUCUGAAAGCAAUCCGGGGAGUCUUUCUGGGAGCAUCUUUAUAUAUGUUGAAUGUAUGUUGAUCCUUUUGUCUUGGUUACUGAUAGAAUAUUGUGUCUUUGGUCAUCAGUAUCUAAGACUUCCUAGCUGGUUCCUAGGGAAAAAGGGGUUCCUAGCUGGUAAAACUAUUAAUGAAGUUGUCACUGAAUUAUUCUUAUUUAACUGUUAUUCCACACUUGUAUCCCUAGACUCUGGCUGUGGGUUCUGUCAAAACAUAGGCAGGCAUCGUCAUUUUCCCCAUAGGUAUGCAGUUUGAGAUGACAAGUGUUAUGUAAGUGGUAAGAAGGAAGACAACCAAAUAAGCAUGGAUGGAGACAUAGACCCUGGAAAAUUUUCAUGAUCAUUUCAUGUUCCUAGUCAAAAUGGUCAUUCACUCGCUAGUUUCUGCUAAAGAGGUAGGUCAUAAAGAGGUGGUCAGGAGGGGGUGGCAGUGAUCUGGUGGCUUGGUUCUGGGAGCCUGGGAUGUGUUCAGAGAGCCUCGUCAAGAGACAUGGAGGCUUUUGUAUGGGAAGCAAACAAAUUGAGCAGACAAGGCCAUGGAAGGGUGAGCUUGUUAUCUUCUGUCAUUCAGCACAGCAUCUUCAUAUUUCCUCUCCCUUACCAUAUGUCAUCAUUAACAUCAUCAGACUCUCGGAGUUUAUUUACCAUCAGUGCUGACUUCUUUAAAACAGCCUCCUGUUGAAUGUGCCUAGUGUUUGGUAUUGGACCCAUGCAUGGAAGCAGGACUUCUGCAAACAGCCUUUCUUGAAGGAGACUUGCAAAAGCUCAGACAAUUUAUUUGUUAGACUGGCAACUCUCUAAGAAAGUGCUCUUACAGUAAGGCCUGUUAGUCAGGCUUUGCACCUUCCUCCCCUUUAUACUGGCUAUGUCAACCAGUGUAACCCCCAGAAAAGAAACUAUGAUUUCUGUAAUAACUGCAGUUCCUGUCCAAGGGCAAGUAGAAAAAUUCCUUGCAUUGACACCCCCCCACUCCCCGCCUCCCCCACAAAAGGUAGUUGAGAGCCAAGUAGCUGUUCUGCUUCACUGCCUCUAUGGUUUGGACAAUAUAGGUGUGAACUGGAGCAUAAGAAACAAGAAGCAGUGUUGUUCCUCAUACAAGCACCUUACACACCGGGAGGCUUUGCAGAGCACUGUGAGGAAAGCAGACAUUAAGCAAGCGUUUAUUUUUAUAUCCCAUCGAAGAUUCUGUCCAGCUCACUGCUGUUUAAGUGAUGAAUUUCUAAGGUUUUACUCCUUGGGUUUAUUGUGGGUAUUUUAUAUAUAGUAUAUAUAAAAUGUCUUUUAUUCCUACAAAAUUUCAUAGAGAAGAAUUCUUUAUUCUGAUAAAGCACUUUAUAUAUAUACACACACAUUCAUAUAUAUAUAUAUAUAUAUAUAAAUGUCAUGCUGGUGUCAUCCAGUUGGAACUGGAGCAUAUGUUGCUAUUUAUUUUGGUUGAGAGGGAUGACACUAUGUUGAACACUACGUCUGGGGUUCCUAGUCCCAGUUGAGGCCCUUAUGGCUUAGAUUCCUUUCCUUAGGAUUUACAUUUAGUGAUGUCUGGCUGCAAAAAUCACAGGUAACAAAGACUAUCUGGAGCCCACCACUACAGCCAUGGGAUAUGUGAAGUUCUACUUACAGGGAAGGAAGCCUCCUACGAGACCAUCAGGGUCAGUGCUGAAAAGCAAACGUGCCCCAGGUUUUAUUCCAUGGUGAGCUUGGCCAGAGUUGGGUACUGGCUGAUGUUACACCAGCACACUGCUUUAGGCAGGUAUUGAGCAUGGAAGCAGGGAGAAAAUAAAACCCAGCAUCAUCCCAGCUGGAAAACUGGUUUGGCAAACCACCUCCAGAGCCAACAGCUAAUUAUAGCAGGGGGAUUUGCAAAGCUUUCCAGGGAUCACAACUUCUUGUUGCUGUUAAUUUGCUGCAUAAAUCAUGACCGCUUCCAAGAUCUUGCUGUUUCCAGCUGUUUUCCCUCCUUCUCUGUUGCUCCUUUUGCUUUGUGCUGUCUGCACAUCUGUCAAGGGUUAUCUGCUGCUCCAGCACGGGACUCUGCUCCACAGCUGCCUGGCACCAUUGCUGGCCUCUGCCUGGGCGCAGCAGAGAAGUCCUCUCAGUGAAGGAUGCUCUGAGCUUCCUGUGGGUCUUCUGCAACAUCCAAAACAUCGUUGCAUGGAGCCCAAGCUGCUCAGACAAAAUCACUCUUUCUUUGGAGGGGCAGUCAGCAGUUACAUGCCUAACAUGCCUUUUAACAUGCCUUUAUCCUAUGCAACAAGGUGCUGGAUGCUGAGCCCUGUGGCAGAACUCCUGGGCUAUAGAAAUUCCCACCGCCAUAGAAUAGAAGCAGGAAGAAUUUCUGCACUAAGCAGGUGCUGAAGACCUGGAGAUGUCACCUGAAAUCACAGAGUGAGUCUGUGGCAGAGUCUCAGGCUGCACUUUUGCCCACUGCCUUGAACAUGAAACCAGCAUCAUUGCUGGCCAUCAACAUUGUCUUAGUCUGCCAGCCUGGACUGGAGCUCGGUGUGGCUCAGCUGCACCAGUUCACUGGCAUCUGACUUGAAGAUGAGUUUCUCUGCACACACAGUGAGCCACGCCCAGAUUUUGCUGGGGCACAGGUGGGGUGAAUGCUGCCCAUCUCUCAGGGAUGACUGUGAGAUUUCAUUACAGCAACAAAUAUUCUGUUACCUGUCUGCUCUUUCUCAGGGCUCCUGCUCCAGUAAUCUGCUUCUUGGAAAGCACACAAAAAAACCCCAACUGGGCUCAGAAGGAGCUGCUUUGGAAUGAGAGAGCAGAGGAUGAUAAUGCAAGGAGAGUUUGGCCAAAGCCUGUGGAGCAGACCUGAACUCCAAGGCCUGGCCUUAACCUAGGCAAGAGCAAAGUGUAAUUGUGAUGGUCUGUGGACCUUGAAUUAAAACUGAAGUUCUGGAGACAAACAUUUCAGACACCCCUGUUCUGGUCUGCGAAGGGACACACCCCACUGUGUGGCUACAGUAGCCUUCUGGGCUGGGUGUGCUGGUGGCACACAGCUGCCAACUUACCUUGAGCAGAAGAUUAAAAGGAAAAAAAAUCACACGUGCUGUAAUUUUUCAGCUGUAGCCUUGCUGGCUGCACUUUUCCACUUGGUCAAGAUAAUUCUGGACCCUAAACUUGUCUUCCAGUGAUGAUGUAAUUUUUUUUUUUUACUUUUAAGUUACCAAUUAUCUAUACUGAAAUGUACUGCAUUCAUUACAUCUUUAUUAGGCCUUCCCUUAUUUACUAAUAAAAAUAGUAUAUAAAGUGUUACCUAAAAUCUUAAUAAAACCCAGAUAC